CACUUCCGGUCGCUCUCCUCACUUCCGGGAGGCGGGCGUCCCAGCAGCGGCUGUCAAACAAGUCUGAAGUUGUCCAGACAGGAAGAUGUACCCUGCGGCAGAGACAUCGCGGCCGCGCGAGGCCUCUUUACCGCGUUACACCGUUUCGGCGGAAUGAGAACCGGAGCGCGCGGGUUCCACGGCUAGCGGGAACUCCAGGUGGACGCCGCCUUCGGUGGGAGCGAGUUAGCGCCUGUUAGCCGGCUAGCAGAACCGCUCCGGUUAGCUGUGAGGCCGUUUACGUCCGGAAGGGUUUGGGGGAACAUGGAGAACACGGAGAAAGUCCAGAUGAGGAACAACCCUCGCAGGCAGCUGAAGAAGCUGAGUGAGGACAGCCUCACCAAACAGCCCGAGGAAGUUUUUGACGUCCUGGAGAAGCUGGGUGAAGGGUCGUACGGUUGUGUGUUUAAGGCCAACUACAAAGAAACUGGAGAGAUUGUUGCCAUCAAGCAGGUUCCUGUGGAGUCUGAUCUUCAAGAGAUCAUCAAGGAGAUCUCCAUCAUGCAGCAGUGCAACAGUCCUCAUGUAGUGCGGUACUACGGCAGCUACUUUAAAAACAGUGACCUGUGGAUCGUCAUGGAAUACUGCGGAGCCGGAUCCGUCUCUGAUAUCAUCCGGAUACGCAGCAAGACGCUUACAGAGGAGGAGAUCGCCACCGUGGUGCACUCCACCCUGAAAGGGCUGGAGUAUCUGCACUUCAUGAGGAAGAUCCACAGAGACAUCAAAGCAGGAAACAUCCUGCUGAACGCCGAGGGCCAGGCCAAGCUGGCCGACUUUGGAGUGGCGGGGCAGCUAACGGACACCAUGGCAAAGCGAAACACGGUGAUCGGCACGCCGUUCUGGAUGGCUCCAGAGGUCAUACAGGAGAUCGGUUACAACUGUGUGGCGGACAUCUGGUCUCUGGGAAUCACGGCUAUAGAGAUGGCUGAGGGCAAGCCGCCGUACGCUGACAUACACCCCAUGAGGGCGAUCUUUAUGAUCCCCACCAACCCGCCUCCAACCUUUCGGAACCCGGAUCUGUGGUCGGAAAACUUCAGAGACUUUGUCAGCCAGUGUCUGGUGAAGAAUCCAGAGAACCGGGCCACAGCCACUCAGUUAUUACAGCAUCCUUUCAUCAAGUCAGCCAAACCCAACUCCAUCCUGAAGUCCAUGAUCACCGACGCCAUGGAGAUCAAGCUGAAGAGACAGGAGGAGGCGCUGCAGAGGGAACAGGAAGCGGAGGACGAGGACAACUCGGAUGAGGACGAGCUGGACCAGGGGACCAUGGUGCGGGCUGGAACGGGCGACUCCGGAACCAUCCGGGCUGCCGGCUCUUUAGCCAGCUCGCUGAGCGGUACGUGUCGGACCAUGAUCGAACACGAGGACACGGGAACCAUGCAGUCGCAGCUGGGAACCAUGGUCAUCAACUCUGACGAUGAAGACGAGGAGGAAUGUGGCACUAUGAAACGGAGAGAUGAGACGAUGCAGCCGGCCAAGCCCUCCUUCCUGGAAUACUUUGAGCAGAAGGAGAAGGAGGCGAACAUCCAGAACGACGGAGGACGCAAAGGAGAGAACCACGCUGACAACCGCAAACUGCCUCUAGACGGAGAUCUGGAAGUGGUGAUGACGUGGUCGGUGGAGGAGCUGCGGGGGAGGCUGGCCUCUCUGGACCCCCAGAUGGAGCAGGAGAUCGAGGAGAUCCGUCAGCGGUACCAGGCCAAGCGCCAGCCCAUCCUGGACGCCAUCGAGGCCAAAAAGCGUCUGCACUGAGUGCUGGCGUCCCAGAGCCCUUCCGCUCUGGACCUCGAACAGGGUACUUCUGAAAACUGCUGAGACUCGAGUCUCACUUUGGACCCGACCUGCUGAUUAAAUGAGUGGAAGAGCCUCACAGGUUUGAUUCCACGAGCACACUGAGGAGAUCGACGCCGUUGGUGUUCUUCUACAUCCCUGGUGAAGACCACUGAAGAGCUGGUUGAUGGAUCACCAGCUGAUCUGGCCUGUCAGUGAACACUGGAUCUGUUUAAAGACCCCCCCCCUCUGUGCGGAACCACACUCUGAGGAUUUCAGCAGCUGAAGCUGAAGAUCGAGCCAGUUUCUGUCCAAAAGGGUUUAUGGUGUUCUAAAGGAUUUUCCUGUUUACAUUGUCGGUGGUGAAAGUUUUCCUUUGUCUUUUAGCUCACUGGUGAGUUUCCUGAACACAGCUCAGACCUUAAAGCACACAGGUGAACUUGAAUGUCUUAUUUAACUUUGAGUUUUGAUCACUGAAUGUACCAAAAGACUCUGCUGUUGAGGUCAAGGAGCCAGAGUUCUCCUGUGUUUGUUUUUCUUUCUAAAGAACGUUCUUGGACGGUUCUUGGCCAGCUCGCUGCUCUCUGAGCCUGAACUCCACCAGCACAACUUCACACAUUCCUUCAAAGAAGCCAAAAUGUCCCUUCACAGCAACUGAGACCUUCUCAGGACACGGAACCUCCUCAGGGCUGUAAGAUGGACCUCAGUUUCUGGAGGAUGAGCUGAAGGGUUCCUGCUGACAAACCCUUCAUGGGAUCAGGUUCUGAUGAAGGUUCUGCUGCAGAGAACCUUCCAGCUGGAAUCACAGAGCCGUGAACCAUCUGGAGUUUGACCUUCCAUUCAACUUCUGAUUGGACCACCAGUCUGUUACAGACGUGAGUGAAGGUUCUGCUGCACAGCUGACUCUGAACUCACUCUUAAGAGGAUCAGACUGUAGGAAGAGGUCCGUUUGCUUUGAAGACGUCACAAAAGAACCGCCUUCACAAAUGAGGAGGCUGCAGGUCUGUUCUGCUGUUAAACAUCGAGUCCAAAUUCAGGGUAACAAGUUCAGCUGAACCGCUGCUCCGGUUCUGAACCUUCAGGUUCUGAACAUUCUCUGCAGCAGAGAAUGUUCAGAACGGUUCUGGUUUCAGAACCACUGCAGUGAAUUGGUGAAAGCAGAAGUUCCUCUGACGCUCAGGUGAGUGAGGAGGCACCACCUGUUUCUGGGUGUUGACCUUUAACCUUUCAGCUGUUGUCUGAAGUCGGUGUCUGCCUUACCGACGGGGGUCCUUCUCGCCGUCUUUGCUGUCUUUAAUAAAGAAACUGGACCGGUGCA